CGUAAUAUUUUUUUUAUCGUAAGCUUUAGUAGUUUCAUUGUUGAACUGGUAUAGGCGCCAACUGGUUAACUCACUAUUACCUUUUUUUGGUGAUUUUAAAUUCCAAAAUGAUUAAAUUAGUCGGCUUAUCACGAGCAUUUUCGAGUUCCUCUUCUAUGAACUCAAUAAAAACACUAACUGUGGUUGGCGGCGGCCUUAUGGGCUCGGGUAUCGCUCAGGUAGCAGCUCAAGCAGGUCAAGAAGUGAUAAUUGUUGAUGUCAAACCAGAGUUGUUGGAUAAAGCACAGAAAUCUAUACAUACAAAUUUGACCAGGGUUGGUAAGAAGCUCUAUAAAGAUGAGUCUGCUAAAAUUGAGAAAUUUGUAAGUGAGUCAUUUAACAAGAUAAAGGUCUCCACUAAUAUAGAAGAUGGAGCAAAAUCUGAUCUCAUCAUUGAAGCAAUAGUAGAGCAGCUGAAACCAAAACAAGAGCUGUUCAAAAAACUAGAUGAGCUGUCUCCUGCACACACCAUAUUUGCUACCAAUACUUCAUCAAUUUCGGUCAAUGAAAUAGGAGCUGAUAUCAAAAGAAAGGACAGGUUUGGUGGUUUACAUUUUUUCAACCCUGUACCAGUGAUGCGUCUCCUGGAGGUGAUCAAGUGUGAUGAAACAUCUUAGGCGACAUAUGACGCCAUGAUGCUGUGGGGCAAAACCAUCGGCAAGACCUGCAUCACCUGUAAAGACACCCCAGGCUUUGUUGUCAACCGCUUACUUGGACCUUACAGUGCAGAAGCUAUAAGACAGUAUGAGAGAGGUGACGCUACAAAAGAAGACAUCGACAUUGGCAUGAAGUUAGGCGCGGGUUACCCGAUGGGUCCGUUCGAGUUGGCCGACUAUACCGGGCUGGACACCAACAAGUUUGCAUUGCAGGUCAUGUACGAGAAGACGAAGAAUCCAGUGUUCGAACCUAUCGCUCUCCUCGACAAAAUGGUUGCCGAGGGGAAGCUGGGCAUCAAGAGUGGAGAAGGUUUCUAUAAAUACAAGAAAUGAAUGUUUUUUUAAUUUUACUUUACUUCAGUCAUUUAUAAUGUAUGUAUAAAAUUGUAAAACACUAACUGUCCCGUGUUUUGGUACUUUAAAGAUUAAAAGUUUGUAUGUCAAAAUGUUACAUUUUUAUCAUCUUGUUUGUAUAAAUAGAGACUACAAAUACUGAAAAAUUACUUUAAGCGAGUGAAACGUUUUUAUAAAUAACGUGAUCGAUGGUGGAUC